CCAAUCAUUACAUACUCAACAGGAGUAAGACAUCAUAGACACUCGGUGAACGAAAAAAAAGAAGAAUGGCAAUGGCAUGACCGAUGCACGAUACAUGAAAGUACUACCUUAACGAGGAUGGGAAGAGUUAAAUUAAAGAUAAAGAAAUUGGAGAGCACCAGCAAUCGCCAAGUGACUUAUUCAAAGCGGAAAAGCGGAAUCUUGAAGAAAGCAAAGGAAUUGUCAAUACUAUGUGAUAUAGAUAUUGUUCUUCUCAUGUUUUCUCCAACAGGAAAGCCUACAUUGCUACAAGGAGAGCGCAGUAAUAUUGAGGAAGUCAUUGCAAAAUUUGCUCAACUUACCCCACAAGAAAGGGCCAAAAGGAAAUUGGAAAGUCUUGAAGCACUAAAGAAAACCUUCAAGAAAUUGGAUCACGAUGUAAAAAUACAAGAUUUCUUGGGUUCAAGCAGUCAAACUGUGGAGGAAUUAACUCAUCAAGUAAGGCUUCUACAAACGCAGCUAACAGAUGUACAUCAGAGACUGAGCUAUUGGAAUAAUAUUGACAAGAUCAAUAGCAUAGAACACCUUAGGCAAAUGGAAGAAUCACUCAGGGAAUCAAUUAAUCGAGUGUGUUUACAGAAGGAAAAUUUGGGAAAGCACCAAAUAAUGUCUCUUGAAUGUGCCAAUCAGUUACAGGAUGGAAUGACUUUACCCUUGAUGAUGGCUGGUCUGCAAGAAAACCAACCAUUGUCUUGGCUUUUGAAUAACGAUAACCAUCAGUUGAUGUUGCCGAGCGAACCGAAAUAUCUGCAAUAUAGCGAUAAUACCAAUAGAGAAGCUGAGCGCUCAACUGAUGUUUCGCUCCCUGGAUAUUCCAGUUACAUUGCCAAUAAUGGCAAACUUGACAGCUCUCCCCAAGUCAAUACCAUAGGUCAGGCAGGCAGUGGCUUGAAUGAGUUGAACGGCACUGCUUGCUUAAAUAUACAACGUUGUGAGCAAUUUGCAUACCCUCCUCCUCCUCCUCCUCCUCCAGAUAAUGAGGAAGUGAAACAUCGCACGACAAUGUAUAAUGAGAAUGGCCAUGAUAAACUAAAUACUUCAGAUUACCAAGUUCAUAAUGGCUUUGAUUUGCCAAGAUCACUGUUUGAAAACGGACACCAGUUCUGGAAUUCUGCUCCUGGGCCCUGUGGGGUUGCCAUGUAUAACGAGAAUGGCUACCAUAGGUAAUCGAUUGACUCUGCCACCCCUACUAACUGAUUGGCUUCUAACAUUUUUAUCCUUUGAUGAUGUUAACUUUGAAGGACUCCAGAAACCAGAUUAGGUUGCAUCUCCAACUAUGAGGGUCAAUGCACUUCAUAAGGGUUGGUUGUGUUAGCUGUAUAUACUGUAUGACUUAAUAGGAUGCAGUUUGUCCACAUACAAAUAUUUUCUGUUAUUUUUCACUUUUUGUUUACUGUUAGAUUCUUGGAGUUGAUGCAGUUAUCCAAGCCAUGAAUGUAAAAUAUUGUAGAAAAAUUAAAUUGAUUUACAUUGAGUAAUGAGUGCAGUUGUAACUACUAGUAUUAGGAAACUGCUUCUUGAAGUCAAAUGUUCAUUACUAACCAAAGGACAUGAGUAUGAUUUUAGAGCACACAUCCAAUUAUCUAUUUGCAACAUUCACUCAUGUCAUUCAAGACUUAAGAAGCAUUUUACAUAUGUAAUUAGUAACUACCACAAAA